AAGACAUCUACUGCGUAGGCUACAGUACAGUUUAACAAUAAAAUCAUUCAGCUGCUGGGGACAAUCACAGACCUCACGUUUAACCAGCAAAUAAAGCUCAGGACUCUACUUAUUAGAUGAACCCUCACAUAACUUCCUAAUAGCACGAUGCCUUACAUUAAACUAUCAUGAUGGCAACACUUUCACAGACAAAGGAACUCUUCCGGAGAGCAGAAGCUGUCUGUUUCGAUGUGGACAGCACAGUCAUCAAAGAAGAAGGCAUAGAUGAACUUGCCAAAUUUUGUGGUGUGGGGGAUGCAGUCACUGAAAUGACUCGCAAAGCUAUGGGCGGCUCAAUGACAUUUAAAACCGCGCUGACUGAGCGUCUUUCCAUCAUCCGAUGUUCCAGAGAACAAGUGAACAAACUCAUAACAGACCACCCACCUCAGCUGACUCCAGGUAUCAGGGAGCUUGUGGACCGUCUGCACCAGCGCAACAUAAAGGUGUUCCUCAUCUCAGGCGGCUUCCGCUGCAUCGUCGAACACGUGGCCACUCAGCUAAACAUUCCUCUGCAUCACGUCUACGCCAACCGGCUCAAGUUCUACUUCAAUGGAGAGUAUGCUGGUUUUGACGAGAGCCAGCCCACAGCUGAGAGUGGUGGAAAAGGAAAGGUCAUCAGCAUGUUGAAGGAACAAAACGGCUUCAAGACUGUGGUGAUGAUUGGAGACGGAGCCACGGAUCUAGAGGCAUGCCCCCCCGCUAGUGCUUUCAUUGGAUUUGGUGGAAACGUGGUCAGGCAGCAGGUUAAGGAGCGGUCGUCGUGGUACGUGACGAGUUUCGGGGAGCUGCUAAAGGAACUUGAAGUAAUUUAAAUAAGCUAGGAGUACUGUUACUGAUUUUUAACAUUUUAUAUUUGAACCUAAGGAUGUGCCUCUAAUUGUUUUUUAAUCCCCUGCACGCACAAUUUUCCUUCAAUGUGUACUCAAUAGAUUUUAUAAUGAAUGGAAAUGUUUACAAUAGUGAGAGCAAUUUUACCUUCAUGGGGAUGUUGUCCUGUUGAUUUUUAUACUAGAAGAUACUAAACAAAUAUCUGUUUAUGUUGAGGAUAAGACCAUUUAAGUGUUUUAGCACUUUUUGUAUCAAAGCCUAUAGGUAAGCUAAUACAACUCCUGCAUCAUAUGAUAAGGUGCAGUGAGCAAUAGAAAUAUUUUAUUUCUGUAAAUAUGGACACUAAGAGCUGUAACCAUACAUGUCAAUGAGAAGUUAAGUCCAGUAAAGAACAUCAGUAUUAAACAUAAGAUGCUGUCACAGAUGUCGUUUGAACUGUUUUAAUUUGUGUUGGCAUUCUUGUCCUUCCCUCUCCACUGUUCCAACAAACUAUAAGAUAAACAGAUAAACAUGCUUCCUUUAACAAUGAAAUCUGAUAUGACACUAUGCAGCCGCAUGACCGCCCACUCAGUCCCAGAUUCACUCAGCCACUGAUAGAUAACAUUUGUUUUCAGGGUUUAUCAUACAUGAUUAGUUAGGUCUCAUUAAAACAUGUUGGAUAAAAACCUUUUUUUUUAAACCAGGCAUGCUGUCUUCACAAGAAGGAA